GUGUUGUUGAUCUUUGGCAGUUGGAUGAGAUCCAUACAACCUCUCUCUCUCUCUCAAUCAAUACUUGCAUUUUGUUGAAGGCUUCACCGACUCCCUUCAAAAUUACUUCUCCAGUUCAGCUUCUCCAUGUGUAUACACACACAUACAGAGAGAUAAAGAGACGGAUACUAUAUUAUUCAAGGGUGAGCUUAGAGGAUAGAGACCGAGAGAGAGAAAAUGAUGGGCAAUGGAGAUCUGGAGAAUAGAGGAGGAACAAAGGGCAGAGGCAACACAUACCCACCAACCAAUUACUCUUCUUCAUACUAUGUAGAGUCCACAGAGACUCAAUGGACUUCAUGGUUGGUCCCAAUGAUAGUGGUGGCCAAUGUUGCUAUGUUUGUUGUGAUCAUGUAUGUCAACAAUUGCCCCAAGAACAAUUUUGAGUCUGAAGGGCGCUGUGUGGCUAGGUUUCUUGGAAGACUUUCUUUUCAGCCUCUCAAGGAGAAUCCUCUCUUCGGUCCCUCUUCUUCAGCACUGGAAAAAUUGGGAGCUCUAGACUGGAACAAAGUAGUGCAUGGGCAUCAAGGGUGGAGGCUUAUAACUUGUAUCUGGUUGCAUGCAGGUGUUAUUCAUCUGCUUGCUAACAUGUUGAGUUUGGUGUUUAUUGGGAUUCGCCUUGAACAGCAAUUUGGAUUUGUGCGUGUUGGCGUGAUCUACCUGCUGUCAGGAAUUGGUGGGAGUAUACUCUCUUCUCUCUUCAUUCAACGCAGCAUCUCUGUUGGUGCUUCUGGUGCUUUAUUCGGACUUCUUGGAGCAAUGUUAUCGGAGCUUCUCACUAACUGGACAAUUUAUUCUAAUAAGGCUGCAGCUUUAUUUACGCUCGUGGUAAUCAUUGUGGUUAACUUGGCUGUUGGAAUUCUACCUCAUGUCGACAACUUUGCACACAUUGGAGGUUUCUUGACAGGUUUUCUCCUUGGCUUUGUCUUGCUACUUCGUCCCCAGUUUGGUUGGGUGGAGGGCCAGCGUCUUCUAGCUGAUGCCCGCAUGAAGUCUAAGUACAUGAUUUACCAGCUUGUAUUCGUGCUGGUUGCCCUAAUUCUAGUGAUUGCUGGUUUUACUUUGGGCUUCGUGAUGCUCUUCAGGGGAGAGAAUGCGAACGAUCACUGCAGUUGGUGUCAUUACUUGAGCUGUGUACCUACCUCGAGAUGGAACUGUAACAAUUGAUCAGAGGGUUCUGCACAGUUCUUGGUUUCAUCUUACUCUCUGAACCUUUUCGGUAAUUUUUUUUUUUUUUUGUGGAAAAUUAAUGCUUAUUUUUUCACAUAAUUGUUAUACUCCUCCUGUGUACAUUCAUAGAUUCUGAAAUUGAAAGUUUGUGCUGUCCAUGUACCAUUUUACUUGGGAUCGUUAUACGUAUAAUGGUCGAUGAUAUCAUCACAUGUGGAGGUGACAAUCCUAUUGUGUAGGGUCUUGUUCAUGUCCUAUAAUUUUGGGUUCACGUCGAGCACUAGUUAAUCUUAGCCAAUCCGUUUAACUAAUCAUAUCAUCGUGUCG